CAGAAUAAUCCCCCAAAAUAGCUUGCUUGCUGGAAAAGCUGCGGAAAAUCGGUGGAGAACGCAGUUUCCAGCCGACCUAAGUAGAAGGGAACCGGAAGUGCAUCUGUUGCGCGGGACUGUUUGGAUUUGGGAGCGGAGACCUGAAACUGGGGGUCAGCUCUGAGAGAUGGAUCGGUACCUACUUCUUGUGAUCUGGGGGGAAGAAAAAGUCCAGUCCGCCGCGGGAGCGGAGGCGGAGCAUGAGCCAGGGGUUUCGUCUGUUGUGUGUACCGAGAAGCAGCCGGACUUAAGGGCAGCAGAUGUUUAUCACCUCCUGAAAAGAAGCAUUAGUGCUUCGAUUAAUCCAGAAGAUAGUACUUUCCCUGCCUGUUCAGUGGGCGGUAUACCUGGUUCCAAGAAGUGGUUCUUUGCAGUGCAGGCAAUAUGUGGAUUUUAUCAGUUUUGUAGUUCUGACUGGGAGGAGAUGCAUUUUGGUACGGAAAAAGAUGAAAUUGAAGAUGUUCUUCAAACAAACAUCGAAGAAUGUUUGAGUGCUGUUGACUGUUUUGAGGAAGAAGAUAGUAAUAGCAGGGAAUCAUUAUCCUUGGCUGAGCUAUAUGAAGAAUCUGCGGAAAAUUUGCAUCAGUUAUCAGACAAACUUCCUGCUCCUGGUAGAGCAAUGAUAGAUAUAAUACUCUUGCCUUCUGACAAAGAUCCUCCUAAAUUAGGAGAUUGUUUGCCUGCUGUUGGAGCCUUAAAACAUUUGAAAGAAUGGUAUUCAGCAAAAAUUACUAUAGCAGGAAACCACUGUGAAAUAAGUUGUCAGAAAAUUGCAGAAUAUCUUUCUGCUAAUGUUGUAUCUUUAGAAGAUCUCAGAAAUGCCAUUGAUUCAAAGGAAUUGUGGAGGGGAAAAAUUCAGAUAUGGGAAAGGAAGUUUGGGUGUGAAAUUAGUUUUCCUGAAUUUUGUUUAAAGGGAGUCACUGCUAAGAAUUUUAGUACAUCUAAUUUAAAAACUUGCUUUCUUGACAAAAAGAUAAUAGCAUCAAAGGAUAAGAGUAUUUUGCCAAAGGUUUUUCAUUAUUAUGGCCCUGCUUUAGAAUUUGUGCAGAUGAUAAUGUUAUCAGAUCUGCCUUCCUGCUAUAUGUCGGACAUUGAAUUUGAGUUAGGGUUGACAAAAAACAAUACCAAGCAGAAUUCGAAGUUGCUGUUGGAGCAGAUUUCUUCUCUGAAUGGCAAGGUUGGUGCUCUUUUUGUAUUGCCAUGUACAAUUAGUAGCAUACUUAUUCCUCCUCCCAACCAACUCAGUUCAAGAAAAUGGAAGGAAUAUGUAGCUAAAAAGCCUAAAACAAUCAGCGUUCCAGAUGUUGAAGUGAAAGGAGAGUGUUCUAGCUAUUACCUCUUGUUACAAGGUGAUGGCAAUGGAAAGUGUAAAGCCACAUUGAUCCACUCAGCCAACCAGAUCAAUGGCUCAUUUGCACUCAGUUUAAUUCAUGGAAAGAUGAAAGCAAAGACAGAAGAAGCCAAAUUGAACUUUCCUCUUGACCUCUUGUCACUUCCAUGUUUCUCUGGGGAGCAACUUAUACAGAGAGAGAAACAGUUAGCUAAUGUUCAGGCUUUGGCUUUGAAAGAAUGUCUGAAAAGGAGAAAAUUGGCAAAGCAACCUGAAGUGGUUUCUGUUGAUGAACUCAAAAGUCUGUUAAUACUCGCAAGGGAAUGCUUUUUAGAUCAUUUUGAUGCUGUUGUUCCUAAAACAAGUCUAAUAAAGACAGACAAAGUUAAAACCUCCAGUAUCUUAAACGAUACCAGUCCAGUGGAACUUAUUUCUUCAAGUCUAGUGGAAACUAAUCCUCUGGAGUGGCCAGAAAGGCAUGUUCUUCAAAAUUUAGAAACUUUUGAAAAAGCUAAACAAAAAAUGAGAGCUGGUUCAUUAUCUCGUUCAUCUGAACAGUUGCUGGGCCACAAAGAGGGUCCACGAGAUUCAGUCACAUUACUGGAUGCUAAAGAAUUGCUGAAAUUCUUUACCUCAGAUGGAUUACCAAUUGGAGAUCUUCAACCUUUACAGAUUCAAAAGGGGGAAAAGACUUUUGCUCUGACACCAGAACUUAGUCCUCGGAAACUUCGUGGUUUACCUUUUGAAAAAGCCUCAGUGUGCCAUUAUCAUGGAAUUGAAUACUGCUUGGAUGACCGAAAAGCAUUAGAAAGAGAUGGGGGAUUUUCUGAACUUCAGUCUCGUCUUAUUCGUUAUGAAACUCAAACGACCUGCACCCGAGAAAGUUUUCCAGCACCUGCUGUGCUGAGCCCGCUUCCGUCUCCUGCAGUUCUCUCUGAACCUGGAAGUGUCCCUGAUGGAGAAGCUUUACAAAGUGAACUCCGUCCCGAAGCAUCCCGAUUAAAAAGGAGAUCAAAAGAUCUGAAUUGCCUUUAUCCCCCCAAAAGACUUGUGAAAUCUGAAAGUUCGGAUUCUCUUCUUUCUCAGACAAGUGGCAGUACUAAACCUCAUCCUCCCGCAGUGACAUCCAGGAGGCCACGGGCAGAGCGAUCAUUAUCUGCGACUUGUCCGUCUAUUUCAGUUCUUAGCUGUGAAACUCCCAAAGUUGCUACAAAGGUCAAUUCAGGACAAAAAAGUACCCAUCUAUCAAAAACAUCAAGGCCCGCUAAGGAAUCGAGAUCACAGAAACACACACGGAUGUUGAAAGAAGUAGUUACUGCAACCCUGAAGAAACACAGGAUUACUGAAGAUCAUGAAUGCUUCGUUCCAUGCAGCCAGCGCCUCUUUGAAAUCUCCAAGUUCUAUCUAAAGGAUCUGAAAACUUCAAGGGGACUGUUUGAAGAAAUGAAGAAAACAGCAAACAACAAUGUUGUACAGAACCUUGCCUGAAUAUAAGGGAGCCACAUGGGAGAACUGGUCCAGCCUACUAGACAUUGAGAGGCCAGAGAGAAGAGAAGGGAGGUGACCAUCUGACAGCCAGCACCGGCUGCAGUGAGGCAUCUUGGAUCUUCGAGUCUAACAGAAUACUCCAGCGACAAACAGCCACGUGAGUGAGCCCAGGUAACCCAUGGGAUAGUGAUAGUAUGUUCUAAGCCACUAGGUUGUGAGGUGGUUUGUUCUGUGUGAACAUUAGGUUCUAUUCAUUUUGAAGGAUUCAUUGAGAGGCCAGGUACAAGAAGGAAAGUUGCAAAAACUUAACUGAUUAAGUCCUUAGUUUAUAGACCCGCCUUGAAGGAAAAAGAAAUAGCUUCUUUUUGGACUGGAUUGGCCUUUCUCAUGAGACCUAGAAAACUUAGAGAGGAAGUCUUUCCUUUACUCCUUGUGCAGGUGAAACUUACAGAUCAGAGAAGUGAAGGCUUGUCCAAGUGAAGGCUGAAUCAGUGCUCAGUCCUCGAGCAGGAUGGGCAACAUCUCUGAGACUGGAGUCAGGGUUAGAGGCCUUGCCCAUGGGCUGCCUGUGCCUGGGGGUGGCCUGAUGCUUCAGCUCCCACUUAUGUCUCGUGCCCAC